AUGGCACCUGCCGCGCCUCGGUUGCGAAUACUCUCAGUGGGUUCUAAUCCCGUAUCUGCAUUUCUUUCGUGGAGGUUACAGGCCACACACGCCUGCGAUGUUACACUAGUCUGGAAGUCGGGAUUUGAUUCUGUAUCCCAAUAUGGGAUUUCCUUCAAAUCAAACAAGUACGGCAACGAGAGGUUUAAACUACAUUCUGUUGUCCGGACUCCCGAAGAGGCUGCUACUUCGCCAGCAGGGUUUGACUAUGUUAUAUUGUGCGUUAAAGCGUUGCCGGACGUCUAUGAUCUUGGAAGCAUAAUCGAGUCUGUUGUUACGCCACAAAACACUUGCAUAGUUGUCAAUACCACAUCUUGUCUGGGAGUAGAGGCCUACCUAGAGUCCCGCUAUCCUACAAACAUCGUGCUAUCGCUUGUAGCUGGGGCAAACAUUAACCAACUUGGCCCGAGCGAGUUUGAGCACGUGGGCAAUUCGGAGAUCUGGUUGGGUUCGACGAGCCAGAAUGCUAGCAUUCCAAUGAGCAUCCAAAUGGAUAUGGCGGAAGCUCUGGCGUUAACUCUGGCGUCUGGUCAAGUAGAAUGCCAUGUCUCUACAAAUAUCAGACAGGAGCAGUGGGAAAGGAUGAUAGGGCCAAUAGCAUUUCAGCCAUUAAGUGUAUUACUGGAAACACCAGUUCACAGGCAAUUGAUGGAGAAAACUGGUGCUAAGAAGCUAAUUUCGGAUAUCAUCGAUGAGCUCAUGGAGAUUGCGAAAGCGCAAGAUUGCUCUUUUCCACAGGAUUUCAAACAACGGACAAUCGACACCCAAUUACAAGCAACACAGCAGUCAAUGUUCUAUCAAGAUUUUGUUGCUCGAAGGCCAAUGGAAAUUGAAUCGUAUCUGGGCUCACCGAUCAAAUUUGCACAAUUGGUAGGGGUGAGGGCUGGUUGUUGUCAGUCAUUGUAUACAAUGCUUCACCAUAUACAGACAGUUGCCCAAUCGAAACCCCCCGUGUCACCAUCAGCAUCAAUCACGCAACCUGCUCCGAGGCAAAUGCGCGGCGGGCCUGGGCCUGACCACCAUAUGGGAACCAGGCGUGGACCCCCGCCUCAGCCGCCCUCCGCAACACCCUCCCGAAGGAACUCUAUGGAUGGAGAGGUAUCGUUAGAGGAGUUUGGGCACAUCGCCUUGUACGGAGAUAUGGUGGGUGAUGAAAUGGGUAAUGCAUAUGCUGGGAGUAUUGGGGGAGGAUACAAUGGAGGCGACAUUGCUCUUCGGGAACGGGAGUUGGCGUUGAGGCAGCGAGAGCUGGCUUUACGGGAGCAGGAGCUUGGCAUUCGGCAGAUGGGCAAGCAGGGUCGGGGAAAGAGCCGCUCAAGAAGCGUGUAUGACGAUGAUGGCGACGACGAUGAUAUGUACGUCGAAGCGCCGCCACCAAUGCCUCCCAUUGACCCAGAAAAUUUUGACAUGAUGAGCGUCACUUCGCGACGGACUAGAAGGCUACCUAGUGCGAGCAAUCUCAAAGGACACGAUGCGGAAGUUACGAUGCAACCAGGACGCGCUAGGCAUCCGAUGGCUCCUCAUCGGCCCGGCCCUAGAAGUAGGGUCAGUUCGAGGCUUAUGAAUGAUAUUCCGAGCCUGAACGAGCCGAUCACGAGCAACCCCUUGAUUGGUUAUUCGUCAGAUCGAUAUGGUCACGUGGAUCGGAAAAUGUUGUCGGAUAAUUCACGGGCGAAUUCCAUGACGAGUCAACGCGAAGAUUUACGUGAUAUUCCGGGUUUGAGGGGUGGUCCUUAUCCCCCAAUGGCAUCACCGCAACAGCUAGGCCGCCGAACACCCAUGCCACCUGGCGGGCCGCCUGGGGCACCUAAUGGCCAUGGGCCUCGGUCUGGAUACCCCCAAGAUCAGCGGGGUUAUAGGGGGCCAUCAAAUGGCCAUCCCCCGAAUGGCUACGGACCUAACGGUUAUCAACAGUAUAGCCCCAUUCCGAAUGGUCCGGUGAGGCAGCCUGCUCUAAGAUAUCUCGAAGGUCAAGGACUGCUGCAUCAGGUCGAACAGAUUUCUAACGGGGUAAGCCAAACCAAUCCGUUAAAAGGUCCGCCAAGUAACCGCGAUCGAAGUACGACGGGCAGUGCUAGCGCUAGUGCGAGUAAUGACAGCGGCAGCAGUGGCGCUGAACACUCAGCCUCCAGCAGUUCGAGUAGUCUUGGGCGGAGGAUAGAAACGAUGGUUCGAUAGAUUUCCCGGGGUGUGUGGUGAAGGUUGGUUUUCAUGUUGGGGAGAAAAAAGGGUGCAGCACGUCGAUGUUCAAAAGUUCGGGUACGGAAAAAAAGAGUCUUUGUGGAUUGCGUGUUUUUACCUUUUAGGUUUAGUUUUUUUAUCAUUUCCCCAGUCAUACUUCUGCCCCCCUCCCCCUCCCCCUUUUUUCUUCCUAAUUUGAAUAUGUUUCCUAUCUGCGCCUCCUUGGGAUUGAGGUUAGGCAAUGGGGAAAUUGAAAGGCAUUAGUGUGGACAGGAUCACAGCGAAUCCGCACUGCAAUUUCCGUACAUAGGUUCUUCAGUUUUCUUGUCUACUUUACGGAGGUAUAUCUUCUGGGUCGGGUGUAAUAUCACGGUUUCAUUCAGGGUCAUAUCUUGUGGAUCUUUUAGUUUUAUUCAGCUAAGCGUUGCUCCUAGUCGCUAUGUACCCUUCCCUCAACCUCUUGGGCUCAGAUAUUUCCUUUUGUCCUUUUUCCUCCUCAUCAAGUAACGAUGGCAAGUGUGUAUUUGGGUUUCUUUUCUUUUCUCUUUUUCCUUUUCUCCUCUUUUCUCGCGUGGGGUUCGGUUCUGCAGUUUAGUUUGAAUUUCGUACGAAGAGGGUGAUAGACAGGUGGGGAGCACAAAAAAAAAAAAGGAUGCCUGGCGCAAAUGGAAACCUAUUACGAUUUAUGUUUGCUUUGUAUUUGGCAUUGAGAGUUGCGGUGAAGGGCAAUGGGGUGGGCCGAAGGCGCACACACUCACUGGACUUUAUUCUUUGUUUCCUCAUUAUUCUUC